AUGGGCGAUGAAGAAAAGAAUCCCACCGUCGCCGACGUGUCGGUUGGUGACGAAUCGGACACCAUAUCCGAGCGGCAGCGAAGCACCAACAUCCCAUGGAGCAUGAAAAUUCUCUCCGUCGUGCUCCAAUUACACAUCAACAACGCUCAAUAUGCAACUCUGGAUGCAAGCGAAAACUUCAUCAAGACAGCCCUGAUUCUCGUCAGUGGCGUCGUUACAGAUCGAAUUGGUGGUGCAAGAGCAAUGCUCUGGGGCAACGCCGUGUACAGCAUUGGCGCGAUUCUCAUCGCAGCAGCCACCCAAGUCCGCAGCUUCAAAUUCAUGAUUGUCGGAAGCGUCAUUCAAGCCUUUGGAGAUGUCGCUACGCAGUGCGCCCAGUACAAGGUCUUCUCAUCCUGGUUCGCCCCCUCCAAUGGAUUCGCUUCCACGCUUGGCUUCGAGCUGGGCCUCGGCAAGAUUGGCAGCUUUGUCGGCCAGGCAUCCGCCAAUGUCAUUGCAAAGAGAACAGGAAACUUCAGCUGGGUGUAUUGGUGCGCCGUGUUCAUUAACCUCUUCACUAAUGCGGUAACUGCUGUAUUCUACGUCUUUACAAAUUACUGUGAACGACGCUAUGCCGGCACGAAUGAUCCGGCAACCGGUGAAAGGCUGACUGAGAAGAAUAAAAAGUUCGAAUUCACCAAAAUGCUGAGGCUGCCUUGGCCAUUUUGGCUUGUGGCGUUGUUUUCCCUCUUCCAAACUUCAGUCGCCAGUGUCUUUUCCUCCAACGCCACCGAACUCGCUCAGAAACGGUUCAAUAUUUCAGCAGUUACCGCAGGCUGGUAUUCAGCCAUGUCACAGUAUCUCGGAUUCUUCUUGGUACCAAUCUUGGGCGUCUUCAUUGAUAUACUUGGCCAGCGCAACACCAUCAUGUUGGUUUGCGGUCUCGGUAUGCUCCUUUCCAUGUGCCUUGCCGCUUUUGGGCCUUCAGUGGGAGGGACCGCAGCCAGUUUCGGCAUCUACGCCUUUGCAGCGUCUCUUGGCCCAACAGUCAUCAUCGACAGCAUCCGAACAAGCAUGUGGUACCAGGAAGUGUUUGGAUCUGGCUAUGCCAUCAAGAUUGCCAUCAACAACAGCAUGACAAUUAUCAUCGGCAUCGUUGCGGGUGUCAUCCAAGACCAUGAUAAUGACAGUUACAACAGGGUCAUUAUCCUCUAUGUCGUGCUUGCGGCAGGCUCUGUUGUAGUGGGCAUGAUGAUGGUCGGAAUCAGCUUCGUUAGUCCCACCAUGGAUCGAUUACAAUGGACGCGCAAGCAAAGAAUCAUCAGAGGCGAAAAGAUCAACGCUCUCAAAGAAGACUUUGAACAAGGCGAAAACCGAGAGCGACACAGGAUUUUUAGCUUGUCUUGCUUCGUUGCUAUGAUAAUCCUAUUAUUAGGAGCCUGGGCAACAUAUUUCUGGGGAGUAGCUACAGGGAACAAUGAUUAA